GUUUCAAGUCACGUGACCGCGGCACCGCCAGGCGUGUAUGCCGACUGACAGCGAUGUAAAUACUCACUUUUCCCCGGCAUAUAUCAUGGAUUCUCAGAUGUGAAGUUUGCAUGUGCAGCCAAGACCUCCUGGAAAGUCGGUGGGCAUGGCCUCGUCCUCCAGCUUCGCCCCUCCGAAACUGGAUGAUUUCAUCCUGACGGAGCGGCUCGGCAGUGGCACCUAUGCCACCGUCUACAAGGCCUUCAGAAAGGGGGACAGUCGAGAGGCGGUGGCUGUGAAGGUGGUUGCAAAGAAAACGCUCAACAAGGCGUCCACGGAGAACCUGCUGACUGAAAUUGAGAUUCUCAAGACUGUGCGUCACCCGCACAUUGUCCAGCUGAAGGACUUUGUGUGGGAUUCCGAUAACAUUUAUUUGAUCCUGGAAUGGUGUUCUGGUGGAGACCUGUCCCGUUUCAUUCGCAGUCGUCGGAUCUUACCGGAAAGAGUCGCCAGGCGUUUCCUGCAGCAGAUGGCCUGUGCUCUCCAGUUUCUACACAAGCGAAACAUCUCCCACUUGGACUUGAAACCACAGAACAUCUUGCUCAGCGGCUCAGUUCUCAAACUAGCAGACUUUGGCUUCGCCCAGUAUAUGUCACCGUGGGAUGAGAAGAGUGUGCUGAGGGGCUCCCCUCUCUACAUGGCUCCUGAGAUGGUGUGUCGGCGACAGUACGACUCCAGAGUGGAUCUGUGGUCGGUGGGGGUCAUUCUUUAUGAGGCACUAUUUGGGCGUGCUCCCUUUGCUUCAAAGUCAUACUCUGAAUUGGAAGAGAAGAUUCGGAGCAACCAACCCAUUGAGCUCCCACCCGGGGCCAGGGUCUCCAAGCAAUGCCGAGACCUCCUCCUGCGCCUCCUGGAGAGAAACCCAGACACCCGGAUCACCUUUGAGGAGUUUUUCACGCACCCUUUUGUGGACCUGGAGCACAUGCCGAGUGCCGAAAGCUUAGGGAAGGCGAAAGAGUUGGUCCUGCAGGCAGUUCAGAAGGACCAGGAGGGCGAGAGGUCCACUGCACUGUCUUUUUACUGUAGUGCCCUGGAGCACUUUGUCCCGGCUAUUUACUACGAGACGAACCGGCAGCGUAAAGAUGUCCUCAGGCAUAAGGUCAGCCAGUACGCGUCCAGAGCAGAGGAACUGAAAGCCCUGGUGGCCUCGGACAACAAGCUCAUCUUUGAGGAGGCCCGCACCUCCAGGGACGUCCUCCGAGAAAUGUCCCGUGACCAACCACGGCUGCUGUCUGCGCUGGAGAUGUCCUCCGAAGCCAUCGCUAAGGAGCAGAGCGGACUGGAUGAUAACGAGGCCUUGGAAGAAUACCAGCGGUGCUUAGGAGAACUUCUGCUGGCGCUUGCAGCCGAGCCGCAGGGCCGCCGCCGAGAGCUACUCCACAGCGAGAUCAAAAGUCUCAUGAGCCGAGCGGAGUAUCUCAAAAAGAACAUCAAGAUGCAAGAGACUCAACGGGACGCCUCACUGGACCGGGAGCCUCUAUCGGACUCCGUAAGAAGCUCUUGCUGUGUGCAGUAAGACCAAAAUGGCCACCACGAGAACCGGCUGGCUUGGCCCAUCGGACCAUCUUGCCGAGCGUGAAGCCAACAAGGCUCUGUGCUCGGGGGCCAAAGCAAACCUGCAUCCCACCUCACCUCCCACAUUCUGGCUGGGUGGCAAAGUCCUGCCAAAAGUGUUAAAUUAUGUUUUUAGUUGUUGCUGGAGGGAAUUCAGCAGGUAGCAAGAGCUGCUUUUUUUUUGUUCUUCGAGCUUAGACCCCACCGGAGAACUGUUUACGACUUUCAAGUCGUAACCUUUGAGACACUCACAAAGUGACGCUAGCCAGUUGUUAUCGUGAGAGAUUCUCUGGCUAACAUUUGGCUUGGCUGUAAUGUAAACAUUAGCUUCUGUGCUCCAUCACUUACAUCUAUACACUGCUAUAAUCGUUGAACGCGUCGCUCUAACUGGUCGACAAGCUGAAGUAAUUGGUGUCUUAUUUACCUUACUUUAAAAGCAUUAGCAGCAAACUGUGAAAAUAUGUGGCGGGUAAACGCGAACAUGAGACCUCACAAUGGUGUUUACUGUAGUAGUCUGACAGUUGUACUGUAGCCUUUGCAAACAUAAACAUGCAGUGGAACCUCUCAAGGUAAAACCAUGUUUGUUUUUGUACCAUUAGAAAUUAUUUGAAAUUGGAUUGAUCUGUUCCACAGUCAAUUAAUAGGAAUUAAUUGUAACACAAGCGUAAAAAGAAGUUCAUCACUGCUGUAGUAAAACAAACAAACAAACAAACACUAAAUAGCGGACUCAGCCUUUAUGACACCUGAGGACAAAGGCGCCGCGAAUCGAGACAAAGCUUUUUGACCUUCUUACUUGUCAUACAAAUGUAAAAAGAAGUUUACCGCUCGAUUGCAGAAGUUAAAAACAAUAAAUUGUUUAUCGUAUUUUUCGGAGUAUAAGUCGCUCUGGAGUAUAAGUCGCACCGGCCGAAAAUGCAUAAUAAAGAAGGGAAAAAACAUAUAUAAGUCGCACUGGAGUAUAAGUCGCAUUUUUGGGGGAAAUUUCUUUGAUAAAACCCAACACCAAGAAUAGACAUUUGAAAGGCAAUUUAAAAUAAAUAAAGAAUAGUGAACAACAGGCUGAAUAAGUGUACGUUAUAUGACGCAUAAAUAACCAACUUAGAACGUGCCUGGUAUGCUAACGUAACAUAUUAUGGUAAGAGUCAUUCAAAUAACUAUAACAUAUAGAACAUGCUAUACGUUUACCAAACAAUCUGUCACUCCUAAUCGCUAAAUCCCAUGAAAUCUUAUACGUCUAGUCUCUUACGUGAAUGAGCUAAAUAAUAUUAUUUGAUAUUUUACGCUAAUGUGUUAAUAAUUUCACACAUAAGUCGCUCCUGAGUAUAAGUCAAACUAUGAAAAAAAAACUGCGACUUAUAGUCCGAAAAAUACGGUACUCACCCUUGACAAAUGCGAAUAGCAUAUCGGGAAGCGGAUUGUUGAAGGCAUUUUUUUUCUCACAUUCUUACCUCAGAAGUAUAAAAAGAACUUAAGAAUUGCACAUUAACUUUUUUUUUAUUUUAUUUUUCUUAAUUAUUUUUUUUAUAUUUGUUUAUUGCACUUUGGACAUAUACAGUCCAGAAAUACAAUUAAACACAUGUCAAAUGGUGUUUUUUCCUCUAAACAAGUGACACUCAAAAAUGAUAUGUAAAAUGCAAUUAAAAUACAUAAAAUAGAAUAAAUAAAUGUAUAAAAAUAAUAAAGUCAAAUAAGUACAGGCAAAUAUUGACACAAAAGCAGGAAAUAAGCUAAUUAUCUACUUUUCAGUUGGAGUGUAAAUUUGAGAUCAGUCUCUUCUACAUAUUUUAGGAAAUCACCCCAUACUUGCAUUGCACAUCACUUCUUCAUCACCGUGAAUUGAUUAGCGUGGACCCCGACUUAAACAAGUUGAAAAACCAUUUAGUGGUCAAUUGUACGGAAUAUGUACUGUACUGUGCAAUCUACUAAUAAAAGUUUCAAUCAAUCAAUCAAUCAAUCAAUCAAUCAAUCAAUUCUUAAAGGAGUAAAAAUCAAUACAAACUUCUGCAAUGUUGUUAUUGAUGUGCAAUGACAAUGAAAGCCUAGUCUAGUCUAAAACCUUGUAGGGCUGCUAAUGCCUGGGGGGUUAGUAGACACAGCAGUCAGAUAAACAUUAACCGCAGCAAUGUACAUUCCAGUCUUUUUGGGGUUUCUUCUUUUUUUUAUUGUGGCUUCAGAUCUCUUGUACUGAGCAGCCAGGACAGAGGAACCUGUUCCGUUUUUGUCUGGUUUUAUGGACCUGUGUG